UUUAACAUCCCAUCCAAAAGUCUGCACCCUACACAGGGCAAUGUCCCCAAUCAUAGCCCUGGGGCAUUGGGAUAUGUUUUAAGACCAGAGGAAAGGGUGCCUCCUACUGGCCUUCCAGUAGAAAGAAAGAAGGCGUGGCGAUUGAGCCCGGGUAGUGUGUCUGGGUAGUGAGGGGGCCUGUCAGUUUUUCCAUUAUCUUCGAAGUGCCCUGUCUCAGCAAAGAAAAUGAAUGGUCUGGACGAAGAACAAAUGGGACCACAAACCUUUCUCUAUGGGUGCGAGUUGAAAUCUGGGAAGGAUGUUGUCUUCAACCCUGAAGAGGAUGACUUUGAGCACCAGCUAGACUUAAGGAUGCUGUGUGUGGACCUCAGCACCAAGGAUGAGCUGCACAUCGUGGAGGUGGAAGGACAGGACACAGAGGGUCAGAAGGUUAAGGCUGUGCUGGCUUCACUCAAACCUUCCACCCUGCCAAGUGUGUGUCUUGGUGGGUUCGCAAUCACACCCCCAGCAGUUUUCCGUCUCAAGGCUGGAUCCGGGCCAAUCCACAUCAGUGGCCAGCAUCUUGUCAUGAUGGGGGGAGAUCAGUCUUUUGACGAGGAUGAAGAUGAUGAAGAGGAAGAAGAGGUACAAACGUCCAAAAAAAGGCCUGCGUCAGCACCGGCUCUUAAAUCUCAGAAAAAGAUGAAGAUGGAUGUUGGUGAUGAGGAUGACGAUGAGGAGGAUGAUGACGAGGAUGAAGAGAGUGAGGCUGAAGAAUCUCCUGUUAAGGCUAAGAAGACUCCGUCCAAACCUCAGACUCCUGCCCACGGUGGAAAGGGCUCUAAAGCCAACACACCAGCCGGAAAACAGGCAAAGACCCCCGACAGCAAGGGUGGACAGACUCCUAAAAAUGGACAGGCCCCCAAAGCAACUGCCAAGACCCCCAAACAAAGUCUCCAUGUCUCUGAGCUCAAGGUCAAGAUGAUGGCGACUGUGGAGAAGGGAGGGAAGUUGCCUAAACUCCAGUCCAAGUUUGAGAGCUUUGUGAGGAACAGCUUCAAAGUCACAGAAACCAAGACCGUAGAGGAACUGUGGCAGUGGAGACAAACUGUUGAAGACGGCAAAUAACUUGUUUUAAACUAUUUUUAGUUUGAUUACUUCAGCCAUCUCAUCAAUUUCCCCCCCCGUCUGCCUACUCUGCCCUCUCUUGGCCCUUCCCAUGUCUGAAUCAAUGCUCUGUUAUUCUACACUGCUGCAGCAUUUCAUGUCCAGUGCCCUGCUAGAGUGGAGCUAAUGGCACUGAGCCCCAUCACCCCUGGCCCUACCAGCAUCACCCUCUCCAAGAGGACGGGAGGGGUGGUACUAUUCCAGCUUUCAUGUGGACGGACCUGGGGAAACCCGUUUUCAACUUUGCAUUUUGUAAAUGUGUAAAUUAAAUCCUUGCUACUGUGUUGUACGUAGCAUUCUGAAGUUUGUCAGAACUGUCCCUCUGGCAUUUUGGAAGGUAUCUGUUCAUGUUUGUUUCAUUUUGAAUUAUUUAAAUGAUGGGUGAAGUGAAAUGCCAAGUGUUGUCAUCCAUAAGCUGUUGAAUUUGUCGACGCUUGUCCUUCCCUUCCAGGUGGUAGGCUCUAAGGUCUGAGACAUCAACUUUUGCCAAGCAUUGUAUUGAACGGUUUUAAGAAAUUCUCACGUUGAUAUUUUUUGCAGUAAGGGUAGAGUGAAGCAGCUAGUUCCCUGGUGACAUGAAUGUCAUUUUGAAAGUAAAAAUAUUCCUGUUUUAUUAGACCUGCAUCUCAUCUCUGUUUUAAUUGUUAUACAUGAAGUAUAUGAUCAGUUCUCCAUCCACAGAAAUAUUCUGAUCCACAAUUAAAAGUUCUGGGGAAGAUUGUC